UUAAUUUGUUGUGAAAUUGAAAAUCGUAAACAAAACGAGGAAACUUAUUACAAAUCAGUUGAAAUUAUAUUUGUUGGGUAUUUAAGAAGAGUGCGUAGGGAAUUAACACGCAUUCAGAAGUCAGAGAAGUAAAAGCGACCGACCUCAUUGUUGAAAUAUGACAACAAAUGCAGUGAAAGACAAAAACUCAGAAGGUGAUUACGACCUGGAAGAGCAAAUCGACAACCAUUUGAGGCGAUUGUUCUAUUUAAAACCAAAAACUGAUAACUCCAAACUCAAGCCCUACGUAGUGGAAUUCUUUGGAGUUCUUAGCCUAACAGAUUUGCGUGCCCCACAGAGGAAACUAUGGGUUAUAUACAACGCCAAGCAGCCCGACCUGGACAAGACCAUUGAUGAAAUCCACGAGAAGUACGGCAAGAAGAAUAUGUUUGAUCUGUAUCGCACACCAGUUUUUAGUGGAGCUGCACUGCGGGACAGUGUGAAGAAGCACUUUUCGAACCUCAAGUGGUUUACGACGGGAAGUCUCCUGGAAGCCCCUCCUAAAAGCCACUUCAACGACGAGCGAGUGGUGAAAACCAUUACGGAUUUGCAUCAUCUGGAACACCAGAGACUUUAUAAUUAUGUGAUGGUAAAAAAUAUGUGGUUUAUGCGUUAUAACUAAUCGAACCUGUGAUUUAGAAUUAAAUUGUCUUAAAGUAAUUUUAUAGUGCUAGCUUUCUAAGAGCAAGGCCCAUAAAGUGGCGUAUCCAGAAAUCCAAUUAAUAAAAUGGUAUGCUACCCGAUCAAA